CGCGGUACGAUUGAGAUCGAUGGCUCCAGUACUGUGGCUCCGAUCACAGAGGCCGUCGCUGAGGAGUUCAGGAGCGUCGCGCCAGACGUGCUAGUCAACGUCGGAAUCUCCGGCAGCGGCGGGGGAUUCAAGCAGUUCACGGUCGGUGAGACCGACAUCUCCGACGCCUCCAGGCCAAUCAAGGAGAAUGAAGCCGCGACAGCGGCCGAGAACGGCGUCGAGUACUACGAGUUCCUCGUCGGACUUGACGGACUCUCGGUCAUGGUCAACCCACAGAACGACUUUGUAGACUGCAUGACUGUUGACCAGCUGAACAUGCUGUGGAAGCCGGAAAGUACUAUCACCAAAUGGAGCGACCUAGAUUCAUCGUGGCCUGACAGGAAGAUCAACCUGUACGGUCCGGGCACAGAUUCCGGCACCUUCGACUACUUCACAGAAGAGGUAAACGGCGAGGCCAAGCUGUCUCGCGCCGACUACACAGCGUCAGAGGACGACAACGUACUCGUCCAGGGCAUCAGUGGCGACAGGAACGCGCUCGGCUACUUCGGCUUUGCCUACUAUGCAGUCAGUGCCGACAAGUUGAAGCUCCUUGAUAUAGACAACGGCAACGGCUGUGUCGCUCCUACCAUCGAGACAAUUGCAAGCGGAACCUACUCACCUCUCUCCAGGCCGCUGUUCAUCUACGUCAACAAGGAGCGCGCGCAGCAGAGGGCUGAACUGCGCUCGUUCGUAGAGUUCUACAUGGAGAACGGCGCACAGCUCGCUGAGGAAGUCGGCUACGUACCCCUGCCGCAGGCGAGCUAUCAGCAGAACCUGGCCGUCCUGAGCGGGCAACAGGUCAUGAUGGAAGCCGGGCCCAAGGUCGCGCUGAGCGGGACGAUCGAGAUAGACGGCUCCAGCACUGUCGCACCGAUCACAGAAGCUGUCGCUGAGGAGUUCAGGAAGGAACAGCCGGGCGUCCUCGUGAAGGUCGGCAUCUCCGGCAGCGGCGGCGGUUUCAAGCGAUUCAUGGUCGGCGAGACCGACGUCUCCGACGCCUCCAGGGCAAUCAAGUCCAGUGAGGCAGCUACAGCGGCAGAGAACGGUAUCAGCUACUUCGAGUUCCUCGUUGGCGUCGAUGGACUGUCCGUCAUGGUCAACCCGGAUAACGACUUCGUGAACUGCCUAAUGAUUGAGCAGCUAAACAUGCUGUGGAAGCCGGAGAGUACAAUCAGCAAGUGGAGUGACAUAGAUUCAUCGUGGCCUGACAGGGACAUCAACCUGUACGGACCGGGCACUGACUCCGGCACCUUCGACUACUUCACAGAAGAGGUAAACGGCGAGGCCAAGCUGUCUCGCGCCGACUACACAGCGUCAGAGGACGACAACGUACUCGUCCAGGGCAUCAGUGGCGACAGGAACGCGCUCGGCUACUUCGGCUUUGCCUACUAUGCAGUCAGUGCCGACAAGUUGAAGCUCCUUGAUAUAGACAACGGCAACGGCUGUGUCGCUCCUACCAUCGAGACAAUUGCAAGCGGAACCUACUCACCUCUCUCCAGGCCGCUGUUCAUCUACGUCAACAAGGAGCGCGCGCAGCAGAGGGCUGAACUGCGCUCGUUCGUAGAGUUCUACAUGGAGAACGGCGCACAGCUCGCUGAGGAAGUCGGCUACGUACCCCUGCCGCAGGCGAGCUAUCAGCAGAACCUGGCCGUCCUGAGCGGGCAACAGGUCAUGAUGGAAGCCGGGCCCAAGGUCGCGCUGAGCGGGACGAUCGAGAUAGACGGCUCCAGCACUGUCGCACCGAUCACAGAAGCUGUCGCUGAGGAGUUCAGGAAGGAACAGCCGGGCGUCCUCGUGAACGUCGGCAUCUCCGGCAGCGGCGGCGGUUUCAAGCGAUUCAUGGUCGGCGAGACCGACGUCUCCGACGCCUCCAGGGCAAUCAAGUCCAGUGAGGCAGCUACAGCGGCAGAGAACAGUAUCAGCUACUUCGAGUUCCUCGUUGGCGUCGAUGGACUGUCCGUCAUGGUCAACCCGGAUAACGACUUCGUGAACUGCCUAAUGCUUGAGCAGCUAAACAUGCUGUGGAAGCCGGAAAGUACAAUCAGCAAGUGGAGUGACCUAGAUUCAUCGUGGCCUGACAGGGACAUCAACCUGUACGGACCGGGCACUGACUCCGGCACCUUCGACUACUUCACAGAAGAGUAA